UUAGCUAGCUCGUAGUGUAGUACUCUAGCUCGGCGGCGUAUACGAUUUUGUUACAAACAGCUAAAUUUUUGUCGGCAAAAUGUCCAGCCAGUGUGCCGUGUUUGGCUGCAUAAACGACCGUCGUUAUCCGGAAAGGAUGAAGGUGAUGCCCAACGUGUAUCAACAUAUGGGUCAGACUUACCGAGUCAAGUUUUAUAAAUGUAAGCUUCAGUUUCAGUCAAAAUGGACAAGACUUAUCAAUAGAAAACACUUCAAAGUAACUAAAAACACUGUAGUUUGCAGUAAUCACUUCAAAUAUGGCCAACCCCGACAAUGGGCACAACAUCCAACAGAAUACCUCAGAGGCUGUAACACCACUACUACAAGGCCUAGUACUAGACGUCCCCCACCUAAAAAAAGAGGGACCCCACCGCCUAAAUCUGCACCCCCAAGGAUAGAUGUUAUCUGUGGCGAUGUGAUCGCUAAACCUCCGCUAGGGACGUGUACAGCUGGCUUCAAGCACGAUCAUAGUAGUAUGUAUGUCAGUACUGAUCAGCAAUCAUGUCAAAGAACAUGUCCACUUGAAAGAGAAACAUCCCUUCAACGAGUGAGACAGAAAAAUGCAGAACUGCAAAGACAACUUGAGGACUUAAAAGAGAAACAAAGAAUAACCAAGAGGUCAACGCCAAAGCAUAGCAGUUCGAAGUCAAAGCGCUUUAGUAUUGAUGACAUCAAGAAUAAAGAACGUUUGAUGAAACUUUACACAGGAUUACAGUCAUAUGCAGUGUUUAUGUGGGUUUUUGACCAUGUCAAAUCAAAAAUGGGAAGACUACAUUACUACAGGGGUAGAACAUCGCAUAAAACAAAACGCUGGCAAACAACAGGGGCUGCAAAACCAGGACAAAAGAGAGAACUUUCAAAGGAGGAUGAACUCCUACUGACACUAAUGAAACUUCGUCUAAACCUAAAUGAUGAAGAUCUAGCAGUCAGGUUCUGUGUCAGUACGUCAGUCAUUUCAAACAUAGUUUCAACUCUUCUCCCAUUUCUUGCUAAUGAGCUUAAAAGUUUAAUCUACUGGCCAAGUCGUUCUGCUAUUCAGAAUCAUUUUCCUUCAUGCUUCAAGAAACAUGGACAGGUUAGAGCAAUAAUUGAUUGUUUUGAAGUUCAAACACAGAGGCCGUCCCAAAGUGAUGUCAAUUCAAAAUUGUACUCGAGCUAUAAGCAACGACAUACAUACAAAGUAUUGGUAGCAUGUACCCCAGGAGGAUCAGUAUCUUUUUUAUCACCAACUGCAGGGGGAAACAUGUCUGAUAUUGAAAUUGUACGAAAGAGUGGUAUGCUUGAUUUAUUGGAGAACGGCGAUGUAGUCUUGGCAGACAAAGGUUUCAAAGACAAGUCAGACUUUCUCCUUCACGGGUGUAAACUGGUGAUACCACUGUUUAGUAAGAAGGGAAAGGUUUUUACUGAGGAGGCAAACAUAACUAAUGCUGCUGUAUCUAAUUCACGAAUACACAUUGAAAGGGUCAUCGGGAGGAUGAAGGAGUUUCAAAUUUUGAAAGGAGAUUUUCCAUUACUCCGAAGCGACAUUGUCGAUCAUGUGUUUACAUUAUGUGGUGUGCUAGUUAAUCUGCAAAGCGUCCUUGUUCCGAAAUGAUUUAGUUGUUAAUAAUGCAGGCAGUUACAAUGUUAAAUAUCAACCAAAUUUACAUUUAUUUUUACUACUGGUACAUUCACUCGGCAACUAUGUACAUAUUAUAGUACCCAUACAAUAUUAUAAGUUAUCUGUCAGUAUACACAUAAUGAAUGUUUAUGAGU